AUGCACACUGUAGUUCACAGUCCCAAAACCCCCAUCUCUGCCCCCACCAAGAUGCUAGACCGAGUUCUCUCUUCACGCCGUGUCACUUCCCACGUUGACGACGCCGAGACUGACGCCUCCGCCGAUGACUCCAAGACCAAGAAACAGAACCUCUCUUUAUUGGCGGUUAAUUACCUCUCUCGCUUGUCUCAUUUUUGCAUCUGUCCCACUGCUUGUCUCCUUCUCUGUCUCUUAUUAGCUGUCGUUUUGAUAACUUCUCUCGCUUUUCAUUCCCGGAGUUUUGUCUGUGUCUCCGAACCGACUUCUCGCGCCGGGUUCUUCGGUCUCGAUGGGCUUGAGUCCGACUUUGGAUCACUUGGUGUUCCCUGGUGCAGAUCGAAACAUGGAAAAACAGUGAAGUGGACAUCCAAGGAUUUAAUCAAAGGCUUGGAAGAGUUUGUACCAAUUUAUGAAACUCGGCCGAUAAAAAACAACAUGUAUGGGAUGGGUUUUGACCACAGCUUUGGGCUUUGGUUCAUUGCAAGGUGGCUGAAGCCAGAUGUAAUGAUUGAGAGUGGUGCUUUCAAGGGGCAUUCUACUUGGGUUCUGCGACAAGCAAUGCCAAACAAGUCAAUUAUUUCACUUUCACCCAGGCAUCCUGAGAAAUACCUAAAAAAAGGACCUGCUUAUGUUGAUGGUAAUUGCACGUACUUUGCUGGAAAAGAUUUUGUAGAUUUUGGAAGUGUUGAUUGGAAGAGCGUGAUGAAGAAACAUGGCAUUACUGAUCUCAGUCGAGUUCUUAUCUUUUUUGAUGACCAUCAGAAUGAAUUGAAGAGAGUAAAGGAGGCACUGAAUGCUGGUUUUCGGCAUCUUGUGUUUGAGGAUAAUUAUGAUACUGGAACUGGAGAUCACUAUUCCUUGAGGCAGAUAUGCGAUCAGUCCUACAUAAGAGGAGGUGGCCAUAGUUGCUUUAGGGACAGCGAUGAAGCUAGGAUUAGAUCAAAAAGGAAGUUGUUCUGGGAGAAGGCAGUUGAUGUGGAUGAACUAUGUGGACCGAAUGAAGCUUGGUGGGGUGUUAGGGGCUGGAUGCGGGAUAACUUUAAUCACAGUAAUAAGCCAAUUUCCUAUGCAGAACAUUUUCAGAACAGCAGGUUUAUUGAAUCAAUUCUCGAUGUUUAUUGGGAGCUCCCUCCAGUGGCUGGCCCUUCCCUCACUCAUCAAACACGAUAUGAUCCUGCUCGUACCACCAUUCCUACUGUUGAAGAUGGCCGUUAUGGUUUGUUCCAGCGGCUGGGAUUUGGUAGACUUGAGCGAUCUGUAUUUAAUGGGUAUACCCAGAUGGUAUAUCUUGAAAUCUCUGAACAAGAAUCUUAA